UUAAGCUGCUUGACUUUCAGCACACGGUCCGUCUUCCUAAGGCUUCAAACAAAAAAGUAAGACGAUGCUUGCCCGAUAGAACAUAAAUGUGCAGGAGAGGACAUAUUUAAAGAGGCUGCAGGAAAAUGGCCAGCAACCAAGUAAUACUGGUUCUCUUCUAUGGAGAAAUCUGGAAAUCACUUUCUACAGCAAUACCUCAAAACAUUUCCAUGAAUAAAAGAAACGCAUAUACCAGUAUCAGGAACCCAGCAGAAGACAAAGCUCCUCUACAUCAGUUGCAAGCAACUGGACCCAGUUUACACAAAUCUGGAAGAGCACUGACUGUUGCGACACCACCUCAGUUCCCUAAAGCACAUGCAGAACCUAGCGAUGGAAGCUGGAUAGCAGCACUGAUAGUUGGUAUCAUUUUGGUUAGUAUGAUAAUGGCUAUUAUUUUAAUUCUUCUGCGGAAGUGCUGCAAGAAGUCAGUUCUAGUGGAUUCAAAUUGGGCAGGUCGUUCUCCAUUUGCAGAUGGAGACGUACCAGAUGUCUUUAUGGACUCUGACCAGACUACCAAACGUUCAUCAGUUUUAUUUAUGUUGCCUUGGAAAUCGAAGCAAGACUCAAACUUACAGCAGGAUCCCACUGCAUCAGAGAAACCAUCCCACUGCACUACCAGUAAUGAAAACAGGCAAUUGCCUCCGCCAGCUGAAGCAUGCUCUGUAGCCGGUAUUUCAGUUCCCAACACGGAUGCGUCUCCAGCUCCCACCUCAGCAGCAGCAAGCUGCGCACCCGACUCCGGUCCUCACCCAGCGGCAUCACCUGAAUCGCCCGACCUGCCACCUCCACCUGACUGGCUCAGGGAACCAAGGGAGGAUCAGAGUUCGGAUCUCGGCAAGACCCAGGAGUUUCACUCAGAAACAGAGGAACAAUUUCCCCCACCACCCGAGUUACAUACUCAAGAGAGCCAGGAACCACUGCCCCAGCCAGAACACCCUUUACAGACUGCCAAAGCUGAUUUCCAGCAUACUUCACAUUUUUCUUAAAUGAAGUAUUCUUCAAAUAACUGAAAAAAAGGGGAAGUUGACGCAGGCAAGAACAGUGAGACCACAGCAUGAGCAUUUCCCCUGUGUUUCUUAACUUCAGCUUUCACAAAAGGCAACAACUUGCUUCUGCCUGAAGGAAAUCAUUACAAAAUACAAUACAGAUUGUGCCCACUAAUUAUUUGUAACUAGUGAUUCCAAAUUUUGGAGAUUACAGAAGACAGAGUAUGCACACCUUUGUGUGCCAGUAUAUACAUACAUGUAACUACACAUAAACACUGAGCUUUCAAGAAACAGUACAGCUUUAGAGGGACUCAGAGCUUCUAAAAAUUGUUUGUUCUACUAGGCUGUAUAAGUGAAUGCAAUGAAUUCAAGUUCAUUUUAAUAAAGCUUUCUAAUUCAAAGAUGUUUUGGUCACUUAAAGCACAACUGAAUAUUUGCUUAGAUACAAACCUCCGAAUUCAAAACAAAGUCUAAAGGCCUCGACAUGCAUACAUAUCAAUGUUAAUUCGAAGACCCGUUUUCUGCAUAUGACUGGGCAACAACUUGGUAACAAUGGAUUACAGGUACCUGAAACAAAUCCUCCUAACAGCCAUCAGUUGUUCUUUACUAAUAGCAAAAAGAUUUCCUUUAGAUGAAGUAUUGCCAAAAAGUUCACUGGUAUAGAACCUCCAGUGGCUUCACACUAUUGUUUGGUAAAGCAGAGAACAGUGCGAGUAAACAGUUAAUAUAGUGGUCACUAAAAAGCUGAAAUGGCUCCAAACACUUGAAGAACAAGUACAAAAAGGCUUUCUUUUACCUAGAUACUUUGGAUUUUUACGGAUAAAACAGAAACAGUGUGCAGAACACUCAGGCAAAUGAUUAGCAGAAUUAGUUGUGCACAUUCACUAACUUCUUCCUCUGAAGCAGUAUUUUCAAAAUGCCCUCAAUAUUAUUAAUAUAAACUUUAAAAAUUUAUUUAAUGUUGUGUCGGUGCCAGAUUCCUUUUAA